UGCCGCUUAUCUGUCGACCAGUGUGCGGGAAGUUCCGCGUGCUGGCGCCAGCGACGGAAAGUGUAGCGCCGCUGUUGCCGCCUUGACUAGGUUCCACGGCCCGACUGAUAUAGCGCUCGCGAUUUGAUUGUUGUGUGUGUGCGAGCAGAAGCCCACAGCAGGCAGUUUGAACCUGGGGCCGCUGCAAACGCACCGGUGACACCCUCCCAAAGACAGCGACCGUCCUCGUAAAGCGAGCAGCUCUGAUCAGCCGAAGGCGUCUUUCUUUGAUCUAAAAGGUAUCCCACCCAUCGUCACGAAGACCAAUCGGAAGUGUGAGCGCGAGUAAAAGGGGGCAGGAGCUCGAGAGUCUGGUGGUGCCAACGGACACCAGCGGAGGGGACACUCAUAGCAUCAAUCCAUCCAUCCAUCCGGAGGCCAAGAGCUGCGACAGCCGCAAGCCUUCCGGACGCCGUGAUGGCGGCGCAGGACGGAACUACGUUCACUCCGGACAGCGUGGACAGCCUGUUCGAGUGCCCCGUGUGCUCGGACACCGUACUGCCACCCAUCCUGCAGUGUCGCAACGGCCACUUGCUAUGCUCAAACUGCAGAAAGAACGUCACGAGUUGUCCCGUCUGCCGAAGUCCGCUGGGCGAUAUCCGCAACCUCAGCUUGGAAAAACUCUCUGAGAAGGUCACGUUCCCGUGCAAGUUCAAGGUCAUGGGUUGCUCGUUGAGGCUAUCUGCAGUUGACAAGCUCAGACACCAAGAGAACUGCGAUUUCAGGCCGUUUCGGUGCCCGUACCCAAGCCGCCAAUGCGAGUGGCACGGAUGGCCGCACGAAGUAAGGAUGCACCUUGUCAGUUCGCACCAACAUGUUUCGACGUUCCAAGGCGAGGAGAUGAUGCUGCGCGUCAACGCCAACGGCGCCGACGCCAUCGCCUACUGGCUCCGGCUUCAGCUCUGCUUCGAGCGCGAGUUCAUGGUGGUCCUGCGCCGAACGUCGAUAGGCGACGAGCUGUGGCAGUUCUGCGCCGUCAUGCAGGCGCUCGGCCCGGGCGACGCGUCGGACAGGUUCGCGUACCACAUCGCCUACAACGGGCUCGAUGGCGGCUGCGCACACGAGGGCAUGCCGCUCGCCAUCGGGGACAGCGUCGAGGUUGCCAUGGACAACGGCGACUGCCUCCACUUCGAGAUAAGCAACGAUCAGAUGCAGGUCUGCGACGGAAUACUGCGCAUCAAGUCGACCGUGAGGGACCUCUCGUGAGUGUCUCAUCUCUCCCAGCUGCGUGACCCACCUUCCUGCUCUAGCGAGUGAAUUCCGUGCGAAGUGCAACGAGCGACGAAGGCGCGGUGUGUGACGCGACAAUGCGACUGCUGGUGCAACGGUGGGACGUGAUGGACGCAACGGUGUGGAUGUCGUCGAUGCAAAGUGGUUGCAUGAAUAUUUAUCUCUUUUAUGUAUAUUUCGUGUUUUAAUGACGUUUAACAAACCUCAAAUAAAGUGCCUGCAGCUAGGGGAAAGGCCCAAA